ACCACCCUAGAGAAGAAAGCAAAUCAAUGUGAUCAGGAUGGCUGGAGCUCCCUCUGGACGGCCUUGCUGCGUAACUUUCCCACCCAAGACAAGUGAAGAGCAUUUUCUCCCCAUCCGGAGGGCUGGGCAGAUAUAAAGUCAUGAAGAACUGGGGAGUGAUAGGCGGGAUCGCCGCUGCCCUUGCGGCGGGAAUAUACGUUAUCUGGGGUCCCAUUACAGAGAGGAAGAAGCGGAGAAAAGGGCUCGUGCCUGGGCUCGUCAACUUAGGGAACACCUGCUUCAUGAACUCGCUGCUGCAGGGCUUGUCUGCCUGCCCCGCCUUCGUCAAGUGGCUGGAGGAGUUCACCACCCAGUACUCCAGGGACCAGCAGGGGCCCCACCCACACCAGUGCCUCUCCUUGACGCUGCUGAACCUCCUGAAAGCUUUGUCCUGCCAAGAAGUCACCGAGGAUGAGGUCUUGGAUGCAAGCUGCCUGCUGGAUGUGCUGAGGAUGUACAGGUGGCAGAUUUCUUCCUUUGAAGAACAGGAUGCUCACGAGUUGUUCCACGUCAUCACCUCCUCACUGGAAGACGAGCGGGACCGCCAGCCUCGAGUCACUCAUCUCUUUGACGUUCAUUCCCUGGAGCAGCAGUCAGAGAUGACUCCCAGACAAGUCACCUGCCACACGAGAGGGUCUCCUCACCCCACGUCUAAUCACUGGAAGUCUCAGCACCCUUUCCACGGAAGACUAACUAGUAACAUGGUGUGCAAACACUGUGAGCACCAGGGGCACCCACUGACCCUGGACCACUGCCUUCAUCAUUUCAUCUCCUCCGAGUCGGUGCGGGACGUCGUGUGCGACAACUGUACAAAGAUUGAAGCAAAAGGAACGUUGAAUGGGGAAAAGGUGGAGCACCAGAGGACCACGUUCGUUAAACAGUUGAAGCUAGGGAAGCUGCCCCAGUGUCUCUGCAUCCACCUGCAGCGGCUCAGCUGGUCCAGCCACGGCACGCCCCUGAAGCGGCAUGAGCACGUGCAGUUCAACGAGUUCCUGAUGAUGGACUUCUACAAGUACCGCCUCCUGGGACACAAGCCCAGUCAGCUUGGCCCCAAAGCCAGUGAGGACCUGGGGUCUGCCCUGGGACUACAGGACACACAAGCGGCCCCGACGCCAGGUCUGAGUCAGCCGGGGGCCCCCAAGACCCAGAUUUUCAUGAACGGCGCCUGCUCCCCGUCUUUGCUGCCAGCCCUGCACUCCCCGAUGGCCUUCUCUCUGCCGGUGGUUCCCGACUACAGCUCCUCCACGUACCUGUUCCGCCUGAUGGCAGUUGUCGUCCACCAUGGAGACAUGCACUCUGGACACUUCGUCACUUACCGACGGUCCCCACCUUCGGCCAAGAACCCUCUGUCAACCAGCAACCAGUGGCUGUGGGUCUCCGAUGACAGCGUCCGCAAGGCCAGCCUGCAGGAGGUCCUGUCCUCUAGCGCCUACCUGCUGUUCUACGAGCGAGUUCUGUCCAGGGUACAGCAGCAGGGGCGCGAGUACAGGGCCGAGGAGUGACGGGCAGCCCAGCCAGGGCCCGCGGUGAGGGCCGCGUCCAGGAUAACGGAAGGCAUGCCACGUGUGCGCGGGCAAGCAGCCCCUCGAGAGCCCUCAGCCUUGUGUGUAUUGUGAGAGCAGGCUCCACACGGGAGCCUGUCUGCGCAGCGCUGCCGGGGGGUGCUGGAAGGUUCCUCGUGUGAGGACAGCCUCCAUCGGGUCUGGAACACCCUCCUCAUCUGACACAGGUCAUUAAAGACACAGACUCCAGCGGCCACCCUUUCUGUACUGUAACAUGCUAGGUGUCCUCAGAGGGCACUGCCUUGUCUGGUCCUCUGACAUUCCAGCAUAGAUCUUUAUUUUUAAUAAGAAGGCCCUAAAUAUUACAAGAAUUAGUGAAAUUAUUAUUUUUUUUUAAUUAGUGAAAUUAUUAAAGGUAACAAUUCAGAAGAAAAAGUGCCUUUCCCUUCUGGUUGUUCUGGGAACAGGCAUGUCCUAAGAGUCACAGGCACAAUGUUGGGAAAGCCCUUGUCCUUCCAAGUUCCUUAGAGGUCAAAAGAACAUUUAAGGAUGCCUAAACAGCAUGGUAGCUCAUGCCUGGAAUCUCAGCACUCAGAGGCUGGGCAGGAGGAUCACUGCAAGUUCCAGGCCAGCCUGGGCUACAUAAUACAACCUAGUCUCCUCCCCCAAAGCCUGGAGAACACCUCCCCACCUUUGGGUAUGCCUUUUGUAAUCUUCAGUUCUUUAUAUGUAGUCAAGGUCACCGGCCAGUCCCACCCCGAGCCUUUUCCAAAACUCUGCUGUCUACACUGUCUGCUGAUCCUGCUUCGAGAGACAGCUCGCUUUGUGUUAUUAGUUCCCAUAACGGGGUCUGCAGGCAAGAGCCUGGGCAGGGCGGAAGAGUGUAUGGGCCAGGGCUGCAGGCUCUCUGGCCUUGCUUCUUAGAGCCCACGGUGAGGAAGACAGCAUGAUGUUUGAACAGAACUGCAGCCAAUGCAUCCUGCCCUAUGCUCUAGGACCACGUUCUAAGAGUGUGUCCAGUGACCUUGUAAGCACAGGGCGCGCUGGGAAUUUCUUCCGUUUUCAGAGAAGUUUCACGAAUAGCCAGGCAUGGAGGAAUCUCGAGGGCGCAAUAGCACCUCUGUUUAUGCCAAGUUUGUCAUUUAAAAACAAAAACACGAUACCAAACCAAAUUCAGACGGACUCUUCUGAUGUAAGAUUUGGAACCAGACCUAGCCAGAGGUCACUGAGGGUAAGGCCAAGGACGUGUUUUCUCUGCAGGGGUGAGCUGGCAGACAUUCCAGAUGUGCCUAGGCAUCAACUAUGAGAUGAGGUCUCACUGUGCAUCCUGAGGACUUGAGACUCUGAGACUGUGCCGUGCUGGACCGCCAAGCCACAGCUCCCACAAAAGGAGCAGCUGAACCAUUUGAUGUGGCCAGGGGCCCUGCAGACCUGGCUUUUGGGUUGAGGUGAACGCACAGGCGCUCGGUCACGUGUGAUCUUAGAGCACUUGGCAGAGUUGUAGGCUCCAAUCGUCAGUCCUGCUACUCGUUCUGAGGUCAGCCACGGAGAGAUGACCAAAAAGACAGGUGUGGGAUGCUGGUCAGAGCCUGGGUUUGAGCCAAGGUUGUAAAUGUGUUAACCUGACCAAGUGCUAAUGUACUUCUUCAUUUUGUAAAUUAUUAGACAUUAGAUAGCAACCAAUGAUGAUUUCUAGUUUUAAGUUAUUCACAGUAGGUAGCUUCUUCCUGGAAAACCUAAGUUAAGCUUAGUACUUACGCCGUAGGCUGCUGAGUGUGGAUCUGCUAAAGGCACUUUUGUAUCUGCUGUGUGCUAUAGCAAUAAAGACGGUUUUGUUAGGAAA